UAUAAGAUAUUAUAUACCAACAUUUACGUCAUUAACUGUGGCUAUAGCUAAUCAUGUUCUAAUCCUAGUAAUAAGAUUUAAAAAUCCCUUUUCAACUUUUCACUUUCUGCGCUCUAAAUUUUGGGGAAAAUUUGAAACCCCGCUCACUCGUUCACUCUUCCUCCCUCUCUGUACGCUCAUCUUGCACACUCCUGCUUUGCCGCGCUCACACUCCCUCUCCACGCUCAUGAAUCAUCUCCGCGCUCAUCCUGUGGUCUCUUCCCCUCUUCUUUCUUUCUCUAUCGCAUUGUGGCGUCCUCCUUUUUCGUUCUGCCGUUCUCCGUUGCGCCGUCGUCCAUCGUCACCAUUGCAGAGACGAUUUAGACUGGAAUGGUUUUGAUGACGCUUUGUUUAGCAUCGAGUGAUACAGUUCAGUCAAAUCAUGUUAGCUGCACUUCAGGGAUUGAUGAAUUGAAGAUUGCUAUUGUUGAUUACAAUUGGUCCCUGAGGCAUAAGCAGAUCACAUCUCUUAAUGAGAAAUACAAAGCUAUGUGGAGUACUUUGCUUGAUAUGGAUGUGGAUGGUGAUGAAAAUAUUUUGCCGGGGCCAAGAUGCUACUUCCCAAAGACUCGUUAAAUGCAAAACUUAACAAAGCAAAAACUGGAAGUCCCUUGUUUGGUUUUGUCUUCGGUAAUAUGUGUUAUAUGAUUCUCCAGAUUUUAUCGCUGGUUGCGUCUUCUGCUUUUUGUUGUUUAAAAUGUAGUUGCAAGGUUUGGAAAAUUUUGACUACACUUUAAAGGAAUUUUUACAUGAUCCACUUCUGAUUUUUGUGUACUAUAUUGAGUUUUGAUCUAUUUCAAGCAUUGUUACUUGCAUAACUAGUAGAAAUUACAUUCUUAUAUUGCCAUUUUUCACCUACAGUACACAGCCUUUUAAAUUGGAUAACUAUGUGAUUCAUGAAUGCUAAUUCUUAGAGUAUUGAGUUCUCUUACAGUAGUUUUAGGUUUUGCUUAUUUUCCAUUACAAUUAGUAUCUAAGACCCAUUUUUUUUGUUUAAUUAUGGAUAGCCCAUUGUAGUUGCUGAAGGACACAUACGAUAGAGACAUUUGGGAUUUGAAGUGGCCAAGUUUCUCUUUAGUGGCUGAUGAACUGCGAGUUGAAGCUUGCACAAACGACAAAUGGUAUUUUGAUUUUGAGACAAAUGGUAUUUAAGUUUUUGUCUCCCUUCAUCUAUUUCUAGUUCUUGUGUUGCAUCAGAUACUUGGCAAAUAGAUAACUUGUGCAAGUAUCAAGACUGAGGAAUCUACAAUAUUUAUCAGAGCUUGAGUGCAAGUGUGACUUCAUUGCAGGUGCUUCAAGUGUAUCUAAUCAAAAAAUGUUGUUUGUGACUUUUCUGCUUUAAUGCUAAUAUUUUGGUUUGUGUGCACUUUUGCUAGUUUUUGUUAAUGUUUUGUGAUAUUAGAUAUUUUUUG